AUGAAAAGAUUAAAUUUAAUAGUAUUUGUUGUAUUUGUAUUUCUUUGGAUAGGGUACUAUAUAGAGCUUAAAGAGUCAAUCGAGUUGUUUUAUGACCUAGUACCUCCAAGUAAACUACUCUACUUUAUCAAACACCCAAACACGAUCACAACAGAGGUUAGCCCGAAUGCACUUGCAUCAGAUAUAUACAACCUUUUAUCUAUCUGGCUAAUUCAAGUACUAACAAUAAUAUCGUCAAUUUAUUGUCUCAUUUCCUACAGAUUCCUCUUUGUUCGUUCGGGCCAUGGUCAGUCAGCCGAGUGGUGGGAACAUGCUCCAUUACUUUCAAGCAGCAAUAUUGACGUCAAUAUCACCUACAUUCGAAGAAGAGUUAGAUUUGCCUACUCUUUACUCCCUCUAUGCCAGCUACCUCCAAGUAAACUACUCUACUUUAUCCAGCACCCCGAAACGAUCGCAAAAGAGUUUGGUCGAGAUACACCUGUAUCCCUUAUUUACUACAUCACUGCAAACUGGCUGAUUCAAGUACUAGCAACCAUAUCAUCAAUCUAUUGUCUCGCUUCCUAUAGAUUUGCAAGACUUUGUUACAAGUCAGACGAGUGGUGGGAAUGUGCUCCAAUACUUUCAAACAACAUCAACAUCACCUACAAUAGAAAAAGAGUUAGACUUGCCUACUCUUUAUUCCUCCUAUGCCAGGUACUAGCAUUCUUUUGUUCCCGUGAGACAAUCACGAGCUGCCAACGUCGUCAACCACCAUCUCCAGACCUCCUCACCUAUUAUUGUGGACAUAUGCUCAGUGGACUAGGAAUUCAACAACGUCCAACAAUAAUAAAUCUAAAAUAA